AGAACAGUUUUCCUUUCAGAUUGGGUGUUUAUCGCUCAGAGAAACGUGACCAAAUCAAACUCAUCGGUUGGAAGAAUGAGUAUCGAAGAACAACAAUCCGAUGAGAGGGAGGCGAUUAAAGCAAUGUAUGAUGAUGAUGAGAAUUUUAAAGUUAUAAAUGAUACUACAUUCCAAUGUAAGGUGACUUCCACCAUAAAUGAAAAAAAGACCCUUUUGGUACAGAUUGAAUGGACUAAAAACUAUCCUGAUGAAGGUCCUCUUAUUAAUUUGGAUUUAUUUUACAAUAAUUUCUUAAGUUCUGAAUGCAAAUCGCAUAUAAAGCAAAAAAUAGAAAAUGAAAUAGAACAUUACUUGGGAUCGCCUAUGACUUUCGUUCUUUUUGAUCAUGUACAACAAAAUAUUGAUGAAUUAAUUCCUGAUAUUAUACCUAGUUCUACGGAAAAUAAAGAAGAGAACGUUCCCACUGAAAUUCAAACAAAAAACGUCAAAAUAAAAAAAGAGCAAUUGACGAAAUCUCAAAAAAGAAGAAUGUAUAAUAAACUUUCGACGACAGGAGAACUUCCAAGAGGGCACGAUUGGGUUGAUAUUGUUCGACACUUGUCACAAACCGGAGGUCAGGAGACUUAG